ACACGACCAUCAAACAACUUCCUGUUUCUAGUCCUGUUGCAAUUUCCACGGUAUUUUAUUUAAAUCUACGUAUUUUAUACAUAUAUCAAACUAAAAAUUGUAAAAAAUAAAAAUGUCCAUGAGAACUUUACGCAAACUGCAUGGUGAUGACCGGGAAAACUUAAAUGUCCCUGAAAUUGAGAGCGACGACGAUGAAGCAGCUGGCUAUGUGGCGAAAAGUCGAAUAUCAAAAACUAAGAAAAAGGCCAAAGUGGAAAAUUUGUACGAUUUAUUAGAUGCUGAUGACAAAGCUGAUGAAGAAGUGGAGCCAACAGAUGAUAAAACCAGUCAACAAACAGCUGAGAAAGAUGAGACACCAGUCGAAAACACUGGUAGUAAAAAGAAACGGAAGAAGAAAAAGAAGAAAAAUAAAGAUCAACAUGUUACUGAAACUGCUCAGAUUGAGGAAGAAGAUGAGAUCGAUGCCAGCAUACGAGAGGUCAAUCGUCUCCUGGACAACCAUAACAUUGGAGAGAGGAAUGUUGCGUCGGACGCACAUAGCUUGCCAAGUUCUGGCAACAAGCCAUUGUUACAUGUGGAACACAGGAAUCUCAACCCUGACACAGAGCUGAAGAGAAUAUUUGGUUCACGGGUCAUACGGGAAGAAGGAAUGAGGAGACGACAUCAGGGUCGAAGAAGACAGAAGUUAUGUUGGUUGACAACGCCAAAAGACUCCUGGGCACCAAUUGGUAAAACUGGCCUUUCAAUGCGUCUGCUGGAGCAGAAGGCUGGUUGCCAGUACUUCCUGUUUGAGCACUCACAGUCAUACCAAAAAGUUCAGUUCCAAUUCUGUGAUGCCGUAGAGUCCAUGAACCCACAGAAUAUCUUGGACGUUAUACAGUUGGCCCCCUAUCAUAUAGACGGCCUUAUUCAGCUGAGUGAGAUCUUUCGUAUGAAUGAGGACAUGAACAUGGCAACAGAAAUUAUUGAACGUUCCAUGUACGCAAUGGAGAUGAGUUUUCACCCAAUGUUUAACCUUGCCACCGGCACAUGUCGCCUUGAAUAUAGAUACAGGGAAAACAGGUGCUUGUUCUUAGCGAUGUUCAAGCACAUUGCCUCGCUUGGGAACCGUGGAUGCAACAGAACGGCUCUAGAAUUCUGUAAACUUAUGUUGAGUCUAGACCCCGACGCAGACCCACUGUGUGCGCUGCUGAUGAUUGAUUUCUACGCGAUUCGGGCAACGGACUACGAGUUUCUUAUACGGCUUUACAACGAGUGGGAGGCUCACAGAAACUUAUCACAGCUUCCAAACUUUGCAUUUUCUUUGCCGCUGGCCUACUUUCUGCAGGCAGAAGGGGAUGCAACACUUAGAGAAAAAGCAGACGAAAAGCUUCAGGAAAGCCUCCUCAUGUUCCCAGGCAUGCUGGCCCCUCUGUUGGACAAGUGUGGAGUGCAGGCGGACGCUUCAGCAACACAUGCAUUCUUCAAACAAGCCGAAUAUGAUGACAUCAUUAACUUUAGUGACCCAGUAGCCCUGAAGCAGCUGAUAGCGCUGUAUGCUGGCCGCUGUCACGUGUGCUGGAAGGUUCCCAACGUCAUGGAGUGGCUUGAGAGGAACGUGAAGGAAGUGCUGGCACGCGUCGCACAGAAAGAUCCUCUCGUGGAAACAUACAAAACAAAACGGUUGUCCCGAUACAAAGGCACACCAAGGAACAUAUACCGCCAUAUUUUGGUGUCUGAAAUUCGUUCAGCAACAGCAACUCUUCCUCAGGACGUGGCCAGCACGGUUUUGAGUUAUGACCCACUUCCACCCCUGGAUUCUGUGGAAGCAUAUAAACGCCCCUCUAGACCUAGUCGAGCCCAGACAGAAAGUAGUGCAUUCUCAAUGUUCCUGCGAUCUCUGAUGCCAAACUUUAACCCAAAUGAGGCAGUUCCCGACGGAGCGGUGGGUGGCGAGGGCCAGCCCCUACGUCAGGGAGUGGGGGCACUCAUGGACGCCAUGAGGGACCUGAUGAACAACAUCCGGGUGGGGAAUCCUGAGGAGGGGGGCCAGGGGGCAGGGGCUGAGGCGGGACAAGGGCCUAAUGGAGAUGAGGAACAUUUGGAAGAAUGGGACUGAACAUUGGGGACUUUACAUCAAAAAUUGCUGAGAAACCCUAAACGUUGACUAGAAAAGUGCUCAAAACAUAUAAUACACAGAAAACUAAUUGCCAACCUACUCUCUUAUAUAGAAACCUACUUAAUGCAGUAAACGAUGUUGACUUUGAUUCUGUAGGUUUCGUGGAGUGUCAUUGAUUUGUGUGCGAUGUAAAACCAAAAUGGGAAGAGAUUUCCCUAAUAGUAGGAGAGAGGAACAUGGAAAGCCUGAAUAUAAUCAAUGAGGGUUGGUGUAGGGGUGUAGAGGCUGUGGUAAGAAGAGCUUAUGAAUCUAUUAUCUUUAUUUGGGAUUUCUAGAUCGUUAUGAAAUGCAAUGCUAGGAGGGACUUAAAAGGAACAGUUUCAUAUUUUGGAACAUGAAGACCCCCCCCCCCCUGAAAAAAUAUAUUAAAAGGAGCCUGUAGAAUUAUUCAGGAUUAUUUAACUGUUAUACUGUCUUGUUGGUGGAUUGCAGAACAUAAUUAAUGUUGAUAUGUCAUUAUUCUUUUAUAAGUUGAUUUAAAACCCAUGUAUAUCCACCAGGUGAAAUAUAACAUACAAGGGACAGGUUCAGUUUUCGCAAAUUGUUUUUUUAAAGUUUAACUUUGAACAAGACCCUUUCAAUAAAGUGAAACCCACUCUAUAUUUUGCUUGUCUUGAGUUCGGAGCUUGCUUAUGUCAAAGAUUGUGAUAACUUAUACAUUUCACAGAGAAUUCAUCCUUUUAAAUUUCCAAACUAUCGGUAUAUUUAUUAAAAACAUUGUUAUUGCAUUGCACCGAAUACUAAGUGUAUGUGAGUGAAAUACAGUGUUUCUGUUAAUAUGUAGGUACAUACUCAUUUUGCGACAACAUUGUUGUUCAUCCCCUAAAGAAUUUAACCCACAAGAAAUUGACCAUGUUUUAACAAAUAUAUUGCUAAAAUUAUCUACUACCUAGAUAUUUAAAAAAAAUGUCAGUUGCAAACUCUCCAUUGUAUCGCUGAAUUAUGUAUAUUGUUUAAAUGUUUUGUUGCUUUUAUCGUGGUUUAAAGUGGAAUAAAAUGAAAUGGAACAA